UGGAAGCCCCCACCGAGGGGGCAUCUGGCACCCCAGGCCCCCAGCACCCAAGCAAGCACCACCGCUCUCAGCACCCGUUCCGGAAUCGGUGUCCGCGUAGCCGCGGGAAAGGAACGCGCACGGCCUGCACCGGCAGCACGGGCUCUGGACUCGCGGCGGCUUCGUCCCCGUGCCGCAGGUUGUGGCAGCGGCGGCGGCGUCUUCGUCUUCGUCCCCGACCCCGCAGCUCCCAGGCGACGGGGCUGUCCCGCCGCGCUCGCUCUCGGAUGCCACCGGCGCCGGGCUCGCGGCACCAGCGCCGGGUGUCACUGACGGAGAGGAGACUGGAGUAGGGAGCGGAGCCGGUGGCGGCGCGCACCUCGCUCGCAGCAGCGGCGCGAUGGGGGGCCCGCUGAGCUGCCACCGUGGUGGCCCCGGGAGGGAGUACGGAGGCCUCCCGUACGGCGUGGACCGCAUCAACAUCAACACGGCCACGGAGGAGCAGCUGAUGACGCUGCCGGGCGUGUCGCGCGCCAUCGCGCACAGCAUCGUCGAGUACCGGCAGCAGAUAUCUGGCUUCCGCAAGGUGGAAGACCUCGCGCUGGUCAGCGGCAUUGGCGCCGCCAAGCUCCAGCACAUCCAGCCCGAGAUCUGCGUGGGGCCCCUGGGCGCCGACGCGGCCGAGCACACGGCGGCGACGACGUCCGCCCCGGGGGCCCAAACGCGGGCCCCGCCCGACGGCGGCGCCGUCCCGAACGAGAGCAACGGCAAGCAUGACGGCGCGCGCAGCAACGGGCCGCGGCCGGCGUCUCUCUACGCCAACGUGCCGCAGGGCCCCAACGGAGUCGCGGACGGGGCGGCGGGCGCGGCGGUGGGGGUGGCGGCGGCGGCGGCGGCGACCGGGUCGGGCCGGGUGGGGCGGCCUCCGUCGCCGUGCCUGCCUGGCGCGGACGGAGCGGAGGGCCGACCCUCAGUGCGGCUGGGCACGUGGGACCUCACGAGGUGCACGGCGGAGAAGGCGGAGAACCCUGGGGUCAGGGAGGUGAUCGGCAUGACGCUGCUGGAGAACGGGAUCAAACUCUUGGCUGUUCAGGAUGUCAUGGACAGAGUUUCCUUGGAAAAGAUCUGCAUGGAGAUGAAUGAGCCCAUCACGCCGCAAGUGAGCGGCUGGGAGCCCCUCCUCCGCGGUUCGUGGCGGGGUGUGCUGUCCGAGCCUCCGCAACAACUCCCCGGACAGGAUGGGACUGGUUGUGAGCAGGGUCGCCUGGGCUUCCUGUGGGACACGGACACGGGCAUCGAGCUGCUCGCAGCCUCCUCCCUACACCUCCGGCACCGCGACGCGCUCGGACACGACACCCACAUCGCCCCGUUCCUGGGCCACUUCACGGCCGGCGGGUUUGAGUUCAUCCUGCUCAACGUGCACACGCGUCGAGCGGCCACGGCGGACGCGGCCCCCGCCGAGGACCCGUCGGUGCGGCGCGCCCUCGUGGAGCAGUGCCUCAGGGCGCUGGACGAGCACAUCAAAGAGGAGCGCGCGGUGCUGCUGAUGGGCGGCUUCUCCUGCUCCCCCGAGGACGCGGCGUUCGACGUUCUGCGCGACGCCGGCUUUCGCCACUGCCUCCCGCCCGGCGAGGCCACGGAGCUCGGCGCGGGAGGCUGCGUCGACAACAUCUGGAUCAACCCGGCGAUCCAGCGCAUCUUCACCGGCCGUGCGUGCGCCGUGCGCGAGGGCCUCUGCAGCAGCUGGAUCCCCGACGGCUGGGAGUGGGGGGGGGCGGCAUCACGACACUGCCCCGUCUGGGCCGAGUUCAUGGCCGAUGUGGACACGAGCGCGUGACCCCUGGCCGUCCGGCACGACCCCUGCCCGUCCGGCACGACCCCUGCCCGUCCGGCGCUACCCCUAGCUGUCCCACGCGACCCCCAACCCCCGCCAUCUCCCGCCCCGCACUGCCCUCCACGGAGAAACGCACGCGACAACCUCGUAACCCAUGCGCCGCGCUGGAAUGUACUUGGCUCUACGUGAGGCCGAGCUGUGUUGCCUCCCCUUCGCGACGUUGCGUCCGUCUGACUUGGGGCAGGCCAAGAAUCCACUGACCGCCGUGGGGCACGUUGGGUUAAACCCGGAAGGACUGGGGCUCAGUUUGUCCUCGGCACGCUGAGCCUACGUCUCGGCGUGCUCUGUGCGUUUAGUUUGGCUGGGCUAGGCUCUUGUUGGCCAAUUUCAGCUGUAUUUGGCCGUAACGAGGCUCACAAGGACGUGCUUUAAGGUGCCUUAGUUUGGCUCUUUGAGCCUUAGGCAUUGCCUUUCUGUACAGGAAAAUCGUGUGACUUGCAUAGGGUGGGGUGGGGAAGGCUUAGCUUUCUCACAUUCCUCCUAAAAUACAGAUUAAGAAACACUAAGCUUAACUAGCAAUCAUAUUUAUUUUAUUUUAAUGCUUUUCAGUUCAAAAUCAUCGGCGGUUACGUGAGCAUACACAUUCCCCUCAUGGUGCGGACAGUUUCAAAUCAACAAUGUUCCAUUUUUGUGAUAAAGUUUUCUUAGAGAUUUCAUCCACAGUUCAAAUGUGGGUGCGUUAUCAAAUGGGGGAGCAUUCUCAAAUGGAGAGCAUUAUCAACUGGGGAGCAUUAUCAAGUGGGGAGCAUUAUCAAGUGGGGAGCAUUAUCAAAUGGGCAGCAUCAUGACCACGGCACUGCUAGUCUCGCCGUCACCACCGCCACGUCAAACACGCGGCCGCUUCCUCGAUUUGCAGAAACCAAACAAAGCUUGUGCGCCCCUUACCCGUCUGGUCGUCCUGUUCAACGGCCUCCUGUGUGUGUCAGCAAAACUUUUAUAUUUCCAGGCGAGAUUUGAAAUUUUUUACGACCCAUGUGUUUGUGAGCCAUUUUAUACCCACCUAUAGUUUUGAAAAGCUAUUUUGUAAUUCAGCGUUCUUGAAAUGCCACUACUUAACCUCACCCCCCCCCCCCCUCGAAUGUCUAAAUAGUUGAGCUUUUACCUUGUUUACCAGUAAACUGACGUGCUACGCAGUGCUGCUCAGCAAAGACGCGUAACUAAGCUAAGCCUCCUGGUGCACACACGCGGAAGCGUUCACAGGCGCACGCUACUCACCGAAGCCUUCACGGCAACAUAUUCAGACGUGUCUCGACGGUGUAUUUUCUACUGCUCUAACCGAGCCGUGCCGGGGCAUGUGCCGAGCUGGGUCGGAGGCGGCUCGGGAGGCGCCAGCUUGUCCUUUUCCACCGCGGAAUCCGAGCUGAGCCGAACCGAGCCGCCGACGUCUCGUGCGAUGAACGAGUCGAGACACGUUUAUGUGACACUAGGUUUGACUUCUUCUUGGUUCUUUCGAUGAAGUCACGUAAAAGGGAAAUAAUAAAAUAAUAAAAAUAAAACAUAAUAAAAUAAUUCUCACGACGUUUCGGCCACAACGCAAGCAGCUGUCCUCAGGUGAAGAACAGGUCUGUCGGAAAGACAGCGUCUGAGUGAACACCACCAGGCUUGGGAGCGUAUAUUUAAGCUGGGUUGGAGGGGGAAGAGCGCCUUGACAAAAUAAUUUGCAUAUCAAGAGGAAUUUAGCAUAUUUAUGGAAAAUGCAGAUAUGGGAUUAGUCAUUACUUGUUGAAUGUGUAGGAGGUGGGCGGGGGGUUUCAAAGUCAUAAUAUGCCCGUGCAUUAUGCAGGAUUAGCAGCAUCAAAGGGAGGGAGUAGGGUUAGCAUUAAUAAAGGGAAGGAAUGUUAAUGGUAUGGAGCUGCAGCAACUAAUCAAAAUUUAGGUUUGACUUGUCCGCUGCCCCUGGCCCUGCUUGCCCCCCCCCCCCCGAGCCACGUUCAGAUGUCUUGUGAGACUAGAAGAUCGCACGGUUUAUUUCUGCGACGUCUCGUGCGAUGGACGAGUCGAGACACGUGUAUGUGACGCGGUGCCGCUUGGUUUGAGUUGUGUGCCGCCCCUGGCCCUGCUUGGCCACCCGAGCCACAUUUAGAUAACUUGUGAGACCAGAGGGUCGCACGGUUUUGGUUCAGGCUUGGCACAGCAAACAGCCAGUGGAGAUCCACCCCGUACCGUCGUGGGCCCUGCACUGGCUUGGAUCUGACCAUGUGGGAAAGGGGAGCUCUGCUUAACCUCGGGUCAUGUAACAACGGGGCUCACCCCCCCUGUGCUCCCGUGUCUGGCAACGGCAGCAGGGCGACCGUCGGCGCAUGUUUAGGGACGUGGCCCGACAGGCUGAAUCGUGAAGGCUGACGAGCCCGUCAACUCGACCGCAGUCCUGGCCACAUUGGAGUCCCCUUGUCGUCGCUCCCACAAUUCUCCCGGGCUGAAUCAUCGCUCUGGGAGUAUACAUUAUGAUUGUUGUUGUCAGUCUGAAUCGGCGAGUGUUUGCCCCGUGGUGCCAAUAGAAAUCCGCGCGCACUCUGAGUGCGUUGGUUCGGGUUGUUGGGGCUGAGCGUUGAGCAUUCCUUAUCCGAAGCUUUCGCCACGCGGCGCUGCAGGCCCACCUUCAGGAGUUGAACACAUCGAUUCCAGAUGCGUCCCAACACGCAACCCAACCCUGAAAAAUUACACGCAGGGUCGCACCCGCGACUGCCGGAGCCUGGGGUACCUGUGCUGUACCGGUGGCGAGAUGUUAACUACCUCGCCUGGUAUACAGGAGGUCGUGGGUUCGAUCCCGACUCUGACGUUGCCUGCCGUAUAUUUGGAGUUUGCGUGUCUCUCCCCGUGGUCGCGUGGAUUAUUCUCCGGGCUCCUCCGGGUUUUUCCCCCUCCAAAUUCAAAAUCAACUUGGGCGAUGAUUUGUUGAAGCCGGGUCGCUUCUGAAAAUGAACUUGCGCGCGUGCUGUGCCAGACUUGAGCCGCCGAGCGUGAUGGAGCGCCGCGUGCGGCACCACGGGAGUGACGUCGACGGGCCACGCGCAGCGGCGCGGCCGCAACACCUCAACGGCGCGGAACGCUUUCAUCAUUUUUGUUAUAAGGGGUACCGUCCAUAAAUGACGUCACGCACCUAUUGGGAGGGGGGGUGGUCAGACAUUUGUGACGAUGUGUGACGAGGGGGGUGGGUUUGAGAAAUGGGACGUCACAUCAAAAUGCGCAACUUUAAUUAAAUAUAGACAACACAUUCUACUUAAUUAAAUAGACUUUUAAUAAAUGUUUUCUCUUACAACAUCAGAGUGCAGCGCCACAUUAAUUACGCACUACAAUGAUGACAAUAGUUUAAAGCGAUUUGAAGCAUGGUUUUUUUUGGGAGGUGGGGGGGGGGUCUGACUUUUUGUGACGCCGUGUGACGGGGGGGGGGGGGUUCAAAAAUCGUCCAAAAUCGCGUGACGUCAUUUAUGGACAGCUCCUAACCAGAUUGCCAUUGUUGCACACUACGUGUCUGUCGCAAGGAGUGUGGUGGUACACCUGAUGAUGUUUUUACACCUUUGAGGGUCGUUUUAGUUUUUUUUUUACUUCUAUGUUGAAAUAAGUUAAAGUUAUA